AUGUCGCUACGUCAGCAGUGGGUGCAAUUUCGGUCACAAACGUGGGAUUAUUGUAUCAACAGAGAUAUAAUUGAACUUUCGUAUACGCAAUUCACAGUCCUAUCAGUUUCCGGUCUGACAUGCGUACAGUGCAUGUCCAUGAACACGCCGAGCUGUCUGCAUGGUCGCUUGACUCCUACUCCCUGCAUAGAAUCGGAGCACAAGUCAAAGUACUGCUACAAGUCAGUUGGCACCCAGACAUCAGGAAAUGGUCAUUUUGUGUCCCGGGGCUGCAGCAUGACCCUACAGAAGAACUGCACCACCAAAUUGGUAUUGGGCGACUUCUACAACGUCUGCCACGACUCCUGCGACCAUGACGGCUGUAACCGAGCACUCGCCUUGUCUUCGGUGGGCAUCAAUCUCCUGUUCCUGGCAUUUAUUGUUAUCACAGCAGACCUUCUGGCCGCUGACGUGUUCCGGCUGAGACUUUUGUAG